CUCGCCAUCCAAAACGAGAUCAAGAUGAGUCGCGUCCCGCUGAUCUUUGGCACGAUGACGAUCGGCGAUGCCGGCAAGGACGGCGUGCGGACGUCGGACAAGGCCGAUUCGCAGCAGAUCCUCGACAUCUACUUUGGCCAGGGCCACGGCACCGAGCUCGACACGGCCCGCCAGUACGGCGAGGGCACCACCGAAGCGUAUCUCUCGACGCUCAAUCUGCACGACGCUGCACUCGACACAAAGGUCUACCCAGUCCAGCCGGGCGCGCAUUCCGCGGCGAAUCUGAGAAAGACGUUUGAGCUGAGCCUCGAGAAGCUCAAGGUGGCCAAGGUCAGGACGCUGUACCUCCACGCACCCGACCGCUCUGUCGACUUUGCAGAGACGCUCCAGGAGGCCGACAAGCUGCACAAGGAGGGCAAGUUUGAGCAACUGGGUCUGAGCAACUAUACGGCGUGGGAGGUGGCCGAGAUCGUGGCGACGGCGCGGGAGCGCGGGCUCCUAGUUCCGCGCAUCUACCAGGCCAUGUACAAUGCCAUGACGAGGGCCAUCGAGGAGGAGCUCGUCCCUUGCCUCCGCAAGUACGGCAUCCGUCUCGUUGUGUACAACCCGCUGGCCGGCGGUCUCCUCACGGGCAAAGUGGCAAGACCCACUCCGAGUGCUGCCGACGAAAAGCAAGCAAUCGAACGGGGCAGCCGCUUCGAUGCGGGAGCAGGGUCGGGCAGGAUUGCAAAGAUGUACCAGGGGCGCUACUUUAAGGAGGCCUACUUUGACGCCAUCGAGCGCCAGCUCAAGCCCCUCGUCGAGGGCAAGCAUGGCCUGACACUUGUGGAGGUCGCUCUUCGAUGGCUGCAACACCACAGUGUGCUCAAAGAGACCGACGGCGUCAUCUUGGGCGCCUCUUCGGCGAAGCAGGUCAGUCCAGAGCCUUGUCAAGGGUCCAAUUUCUUUCUUUAUGGAUCUGCUGACAUGAGCCGGUUUGUAUUGGCUUGAGAACAGCUCGAGGCGAACAUUAAGGCCUGGUGAGCAGCGGCAACACCUCUCCUCUUCUUUACCAUUGCCUGGGCUCACUCUACCCUGACUCCUGCAGCCAAGCUGGACCACUACCUCAGGACAUCGUGAACGCGCUUGAUGUCGCCUGGCUCAACGUCAAAGGCAGCUGCGAGCGCUAUUGGCGCUGAGCUCUUCCACGCUGAU